AGUUACGACUUAAGAACAAUUCAGGAUUUAGGGUUUGCAAUUGAACUGUUACUACUGUAAUUCUCUUUCUCUCUCUCUAUACUGUAAUGGGAGCUGAAGCCAAAUCGAAUGCCGGUGGUGACAGAGGCAACAAGAAGGGGAAACAGCGAUUCCUUCAGCGUAAUAAACCAGCGAGGAAAGGUUCCUAUCCGUUGCGACCUGGAGUGCAGGGAUUCUUCAUAACUUGUGAUGGGGGUAGAGAACGCCAAGCCUCUCAGGAAGCCGUGAACGUUCUCGAUUCUUUUUAUGAAGAGCUUACUGAUCUGCCUAGUUUUGGCCAUGCCAAGAAACUUGGACACAUUCUGGAGAAGCCUAUGAAUAAGAAGAUAAAAUUUAGUUCAGAUUCUUCCAGUAGUGAUGAUGAGGGUGAUGAGAAUGAUGAAGGCCAGGAGAAAGAGAAAGAGAAGGAGGCAAGCACUGAUGGAACUGACGAUCCAAAUCAUGGAAAUCAAACCGUUCAAAUUUCAACUCCUGAUAAGCAGGAUGGUGCAGCCACAGAUGAUAAAUUGGCCAAGGAUGUGAAUGAUAGUACAGAUGAUGGUCAGUGCCAAAAGUCUACGGCAGUUGAAGGGGAAGAGCCUCCGCCAAAAAGACAAUGCUUAGACACGGAUUUACUGAAGGCUGGAAAUGUUACUAUUGAUAAAGAGGAAAAAUCAAUAGACAAACUUAUUGAAGAGGAGAUUCAAGAAUUGGGUGAUAAGAGCAAGAGACGCUUUAAUGGUCUUGAUUCUGGAUGCAAUGGGGUUGUCUUUGUUCAAAUGAAAAAGUUUGGCGGGGAUCCAACCCCCAAGGAGCUAGCAGAACACAUGAUGACAUCAAUUUCCUCAACUAAAAAACAUAUAUCAAGGUUCUUGUUAAGAGUGCUACCAGUAGAAGUAACAUGCUAUGCUUCAGAAGAAGAAAUCACAAAAUCAAUUGAACCGCUCAUUGCAAAAUACUUCCCUGCAGAAGCUGAAACUGCGGAAAAGUACGCUGUGCUGUUUGAAGCCCGAGCAAAUACAGGUAUAGAUAGAAUGAAAAUUAUCGAUGCUGUUGCAAAAUCUGUACCCGCACCCCACAAGGUCGAUCUUACCAACCCAAAUAAGACUAUUGUCGUCCAAAUUGCUAAGACAGUCUGUUCUAUUGGAAUCGUUGAGAAGUAUAAGGAAUUGGCGAAGUAUAAUAUAAGGCAAUUGACGAGCUCGACCAAACCAUAGAGUAUUUUGUUGUUUUAAGCAUUAUUUAUCUUGGCCAUGACUUAAAGUUAUAAAAUUAGGGUUCUUGACCCGUCUUCAACACUAAUGUUUUUGUUUUUUAUUUCUGGUUACAAAUAGUAUUUAUUGAACAAGUUUUUUAAUGAUAGGCUUAAAGAUCUUAUUAUGUUGGUGAUGGUUUUGAAGUUUUACCGUGUUUUUGUAUGGAAUGGGGCUGGUUUAAAGUAGGAUUAUUUGAGUUAGAUUAUAUUAUUAGAUGAAAAGUGGAUUAAAUUAUAUCAAUUUUUAUGUUUUUUUUGUUUGAUCUAAUUUC